AUGGAUGUUGUGAUGAAAGAAACAUUUCCAUGGCGAGCAGUUGCUGACACUUAUGACAAAUGGUUUAUGCUGAACAAUCAACAAAAGUGGGGCUUAAUGACUGACUUUAUAGCUUUGUUUAGUGUGUAUCACUUACCCGAUACGAAAAGGUUUACUGAAGAAGAAGAGGUGGUCUUAGUAUCGGAUGAAUCAGCAUUUUCUCUCAAGCUUAUUUGCAGUCGUGUAGAAGAAGUUACGAAGAGUACGGCAAAAGCACCUUCUGCAAUGAAAAUUACUGGGAAAUUACACCAACUUUACAAACAGUUUCGGCUUCAUCCAAGCCUAUCAUCGUUGACUUGGCGACAAUCUCAUGGGAAAAACCAUCAAGGAGAUACAAUCGGAUAUUACGACAGCAAUAGCCUACUGGAUGAAUUAGCUUUACGCUUGGCGUUCCAAGUAUUUGCAUCGCUAAAGCGGCAGCUUGUGUUGUCUAGCCUUAGUUGUAUGGUUCACUGUACAGGUAUCGAGAUCUUUCGCCUUGUUGGAUUUCGAUAG